AUGACUAUUCCUGUCCAGACGAUCACCUCUCUCCGCACAAGCUUCAACCCAUUCUCCAAGUCCGCCCGCCCAUGCAGGCUUCUACUUUCUAUCCUUCGCAAUCCCAAUACCGCAUCGGCAUCCAGCCCUACGCACAUCGAUAUCAAGGUUAAGCAACUCCCCCGUGUCUCGACAGAACAGCCCGAGGUAACAGUGGCCUUCAAGGGAGGGAAGGAACUUAAAAUCGAGGUCGGAAAGCGCCAGAUGAAGAUCGGCGAUGUCAUUGAGGAAAUUGCGCGCGUGGGACGGGCUAUCGAGCGAGAGGAGAGCUUGAAGGGUUAA